GAGGAGUACGCGGCCUAACAUUGUGACGUAUGAAUCCUAAAAAUGUUGAAUGGUUGUUACAGCACCAAGCUAGCAAGAUUUAAAAAAAAACCGGCGUGAGAAACUUGGCCGGAUCACUUUUUACCGAGGAGGUGGGAAUGUGUUUUAAAGAAAUUAACAAAUAUUUUUUUCAUAUUUUACUUUGAAGAAUCACUUUAUUUUAAAAAUUUACUAAGUUAAUCAAAGUUCGUCUGUGACGAUCUGAUCAAAAAACGCUUGUAAGAUGUUCCAGAUUAUUUAGUGCAAAUAAUCUUGUAAUCUAUGAUGCCAUGUCGUCAUCUAAUCAGAAAGUUUGACCUGUAUUCACUGUUUUCUGAAAAACACAUUGUGAAUAGUUUAUCUGAUGGUAAGUUAUUUUAUCGAGUAUUGACGUCUACAAAAAUCUGUGGCUUGUGACCUCCAAAUAGGUUGCGAUAGCAGAAUUCCCAAACCUCCAAAAAUUGUUAAUUGGAAUUUAGACCCUUAACGUCAGUUUAGGUCUAGCCUCUAGACAACACGGCGAGACGGUGCUGCAUUUUUUUAAAUACCUAUUGCUUCUAGUGAAUUUUUCUCACUAUUCUCGAGAUGCAGUUGAAACCAACUGCAGAUAGGCUAGCAGAGUAGUCGUGGAAACCCUAAUCGCGUAUUAGGGUCAGCUCAAAUUAAAUCGCGACGCAGAUGCAUCUUUAAAACGGUGCUUCAAAAUUAAAUAAAGUUUAAUUUUGAAUUGUUACAAUUAGAUAGAUACAUUUUACAUUGCAAGAGCCGUGCUGCGGCCUGCGCUGCAUAAGCCGGUAACCGGUUCAUUUUGGAACUCAUAAGACGUAUGUAGAAAAAUGUCCCUAAAGUUAUUAUUUACAAUGGCAAACAGUUUGCGUUCUGGGAUUUUACUUUUGGGUUUUAAUAGCAAGGUUUUAUCGAAAAUUCUCCGAACAAAUAUUUUGGCAGCUUUUAUCGCUGUGUCCCCACUCCCCUAUGACCCGAAACUAUGAUAAAAAAUCGCAACCUCCUUAUUAGAAGUGGACAAUGACUGGAGGUGUAUCUUAUCGGUGAUAAGCGUUAUCAGUGCGCCGUGGGAUAGUCGAGCUCGGAGUUUUCAACGAUGUACACUACGAAUCAGCGAUGCAGAAGAUAGUUUUUAUUGUGUUUGUGACGAUCGGUGUAUCGUGCACUACUUAUUGCCCGAAGCAAUGUGACUGUGAUAUAGACAAUGGACUCAAUAGGGCUCUCUGUGACGAUCAGAAUAUUGUCAGCAUCGACGUAGGGGUGUCAAAAGCCGUUCAAAUAUACAGCUUGAGGCGAAAUUUGAUCAGCGAGCUGCAGAACUUUUGUUUUAAGGAAAUCGGUUACCAAUCUCUCAGGAUAUUGGAUUUGUCGCACAAUGUGAUAUUCUGGAUUGGCAUGCACGCGUUCUCGGGACUGGAUCAACUGUACCACCUGGACCUGAGCGGCAAUAGGCUGAGGGAUAUUCCGGCAGAAGUGUUCUGGGAUACACCCGGCCUCGAUAUAUUAGACUUGUCCGGGAAUAUAUUCGAGUCACUCAAAAAUGAACCCUUUAUAACGCACAAUAGACUACAGGUGCUCAAUCUCAACAGUUGUCGCAUAAAAUUCUUGCCGCCGCGACUUUUCAACCGUCUACCGAAUUUGAAGAAACUUGAUUUAAGCGAAAACUACUUUGUUACGUUCAACAUUGACAUAAUAAGGCCGCUGAUGAAGCUGGAGAGGAUAGAACUUAGAAACGAUUACCUCCACUGUUCCCCGGAUAUCAUAGCCGCCGAAACUUACAUCGCUUCCCAGAGAAUAGCCUACAAUAAACUGUGUACGAAGAAGCUCCCGAAGAUUUCCGAGAAAAUGAUAUCGAUGGUGACCGAAAGAGAGCCGGUUAACAUCGAUGGAAUCUGGAACGAGACUAGCGAGAAGAACCGGACGGAACCGGUUCUGCAGCAGAACAAAACGUUGACGCCCUUCGAAAAGUUCGACAAGGAUUUCUCGGCGUUUCAAGCGUUUGUAAUCGGCUUGGAGGUAGGGCUAGCGGUGGGCGUGGUCGGUACGUACGUAUGGCUGCGGCGCUUCUGCAGCUGCGGGCAACUAAACUGCAUCGCCCCGCGCCGAAGAAGGCCUCGGAAUAGAAACGACGAGGUCAGAACUAAUCUGCUAAGGAACCACUUUGUAAAUGUAGACUUGGAAACUCCGCCGAUAUUCCGACGGGAAAUGCCCGAUAGGAGGGCCCCCGGACCUCCUACCGCCCCUGUCUACGAGACUAUAAGCCCUAGACCAACUAGAGACCCACCAUCGAUGGCGGACGUGAUUAGAAGACCGGAGACGCCGCCGCCACCAUAUCAUGAGUGUAGACUUAACAUUUAAGUUGACUUCUAAAAUGUGACAGAGGUUAAAAUAUGAUUCGCCAUAAAAGUUUGCCAAGGUGAAACUGAAAAACUAGGUACUCUCAAAAACGAGCGAUAUAAAAAAGUCAAAACAGCAGAUAGGAAUUCACUAUUUAUUUUAGAAUGGAUGAUUGAUUAUUAUGAGUCAUAGAUCAAUGACAUGAAUAUAAGAUUCACUAAGAGAAAAUCAUAACAAUAAAGUGCAUAGUUUUUGUUGAUUCAUCUGUAUAUGUGUGGAUGCCUGAUUGACGUCUGGAUUUCUCAAUGGUCCAAUCACUUUUCACUAUAAAUAAGGUAGAGAUAAGACGAUUAGUCACAGCACAGUGCAUUAUCAAGAUAUUACUCAAUAUUGGAGUAUUAAAGGAUAGGUGUGUUGCAAUAUAGGUAUAUAAGUCUGAGACGAUUGUUAUUAAAAUGGGUUUUAUGAUAUAGCUGUGACAAAUGUAAAUGUUUUUAGAAUAAUUUAGCUGAUAAGAUUGUUUAAGUGUUAUUGUGAUUUUUCAUACAAUUAAUAAGAGGUUAAUAACUAAACAUAUUAAUAAAAGCGUAAAAUAAGA